AUGGCGAGUAUAUACGCUAAAGCAAGCCGUGUAAUAGUUUGGCUUGAAGAGGCGAUGGGCAGCCAUCCAGAGGACAGCAAGAUCCUAGACAAUGCCUGUCGAGCGCUUGAAGAGAUAAGUAACGCUGCGAGCGGCCAGCCGGCAAAGCCUUCUGACGACGAGGCAGCCCGCCUUGCAAUCCAGACAAUUCUUCAGCGAUCAUGGUUUGAGCGUAUCUGGGUACUCCAGGAGGUAGCUGCGGCUAGGCACGUUGUAAUGAUGUUUCACUCCAUGGAUAUGGACGGAUUUGCAUUCUGCACGAGUCUAACCAAACUUAACUACGAUUUUAAAGAUCCAGCCACGCGAAAUCGUAUCCGGUCGGCGGCCUACUUAAUAAAGGGCGCAGGCCUGCGACCAAAACAUCUGGCUACCUUCUCAGACAGAUUUUCUCUUAAUAUCUGUCCUCUCGGGGAGCUAGUAGAUAUGUAUCAUAACCGCAAGGCAAAAGAUCUGCGGGACAAGAUUUAUGCCUUGCUUGGUAUGAGCUCUGAUACUCCAAGAGGCCUACUACCCAACUAUAACAUGUUGUGGAGAGACCUCUUUCGUCAACUUGUUCACUCUCUCAUCGGUGAGCAAGCACUUGUCGAGACCUGGGACGACCAGCAAGUCGCAGUUAUCAAGCAUGUAGGCUGCGUUCUUGGAAAGGUAGUCUCGGUAUCCAGCGCCGGCGCUUGGGACGAGAGACAGAGUAUCGAUGUUAAUAUUGCUGUAGACAACGGCUCUGACGACCGGUGGAGGUGGGAUGGUUGCUGGACUCUCCAGGCUUCUGCAAAAUCCAUCCAGCAGGGUGACGUUAUCUGUCUUUUGCAAGGCGCUUCAAAGCCUACAAUCAUAAGGCCAUGUGAGGAUUAUUGUGUCGUUGUCGCAAUUGCCGUUACCCCAAUAGGAAACAAGCGGCUUGAGGGGACACCUUUCGACUGGCUGGAUUGUUCGCGAGAAAUACAAGCCUUCCAUCGCGAAAUGAUACUUGUAUGGGACUGGGAAACUCCUUGUGAAGAGUUAUACGAGAUUGACUACGAGUGUUUCUUGAACAAUCGAGAUUUCAUUCUUACAAAGACGAAGAAAGAGACAGAUGAUCGCUGGGGAAAAGCGGCCAGAUUACACUACGUUGGAUGGCUAUGGAAAGACGCGGAAAGCUAUGAAAAUGCCAUCAAAAACUUCCAAAAAGCCAUAAAAACUUACAGAAGAAUGUACAGACUCAGGCAUCAAGCUAAUGAAGCGACGUUCGAAGUAUGGUACCAAACUUAUACAGCGAUAAUCAAGAUAACUCGUCCGCCGUCACUCUCCGCGCGUUGGGAGACCCUGUUUCUACGCCGGAAGGCUAAAGGGCUGGGGAUCAUGGCUGACAUUCUAGGGCGGAGAGGGGAUUAUUUCGAGGUCACAGAGAGAGGAGUACUCCAAAUCAUAAAACCAUUUCGGGAAGAAUUGUUGAAACUACUCCUCGCCGUACACGGAGACAAGGUCCCAAUCACUGAUGCAGUGAUGAAGACAGCGGUGGGAGAUGAUUCAGUUGCCACGGAAAUAUUAACAAUAUUCUUCGACUGGCGCGGAGAUCAAGUCCCUGUUAGCGAAGAGGUAUUAAAAGCAGCCGCAAAUAACCGUUACCAAGGCAAGAAACUAUUAGAAUUAUUCCUAUCACAACGCGGCGACCAAAUCUCUAUUUCUGAAGGUAUAGUAAAGUCAGCGGCCGGGAAUUACGGGCAAGCCAUGGAAGUUAUAAAGCUACUUCUGGACCGAUAUGAGGACCAGGUCCCCAUCACUGAGGAGGUGUUGAAAGUAGCAGCAGGCAAUUACCACCAUGGCAAGCAAGUCAUAGCAUUAUUUCUCAGCCGGCGUGGAAGUCAGGUCCCUAUGACUGCGGAGGUACUAAAACAGGCAGCAAGAAAUCCCUACCAAGCCAAGGAGAUUAUAGAACUAUUCCUUGUCCAGCGCGGAGACCAGGUCCCUAUUACGGAAGAGGUGUUAAAAAUGGCGGCAGAAAAUAUAAAACAAGGCAAAGAAGUUAUACAAUUACUUCUCGAUCGACGCUAUGGCCAGAUUCCUAUCACAGAGGAGGUAAUAAAGACGGCGACUGAGACCUGGGGCAGAGAUGAAGAGAUAGUGCGGCAACUUUGGUAA